ACAGCAAACACACGGCUGCACGACCUGCCUAACCGAUUUUGGCACACUAAUGAAGUAAUCGCUCCAGUAGUUGAAGAUGUAUUACGGCUGGCUAAUUGUCUUGCUUACAUCUAUCCUGUUUCUUGCCUUCAACGGCAUUAAAAUGAGUUGGGGUGUGUUUGUGACGACAUUCAGCAGAGACGCGGUGCUGGGAUCCUCGUCCCAGGCCACCCUAGGUGUUAUCCAAUCAGUGUUCUUCCUAUGCUGCAGUACCGCCAGCUUCAUUGGCAAAGUCACAUCAGAUCACUGUGGCUACAGGAUUGCAGCGUUCACGGGGACGCUGCUGGUGGUAUUAGGACUCGGUCUCUCUUCACUUGCCCCCAGUGCGCUGUACCUGAUAUUUUCCUAUGGAGUCUUGUACGGCCUCGGGAUGAACAUUCUUGUUUCGCCUUUAUUCUUUAUCGUAGCUGACUGGUUUCCAUGGGAACACAGAUAUCACGUGAUGAGCACCAGCUGGUCCAUGGUUACAAUGCCUUUAGGCACCGUCAUUUUUGGAAACUUAAUACAGUGGCUCCAUCAAACAAUCGGGUGGAGGUAUGGGUAUCUCGUUUUAGCAUCUUUUUACGCUUUUUGGACCAUCAUAUCAAUCCACACGUUACAGAAACCAACCAAGGACGUGUUACAAUCAGCAAUACAAUCAGAAUCUCCCCUUUUCCCAAAGCAGAAGGCGUCGCCAUCUAUUGAAAUAAGAUGGAGUAAGCAGGUUCGCGUCGUUGUCAUGGCGACGUGGUUUGUCGUCUACCUCAGCAAGGGUAUAUGUCAAACGAUAUCCUAUGCAAUUCUGGUGAAGCAAGUCGAAAGUUUAGGAUACACACCUGCAGAUGGCGCUCACUGUUUGACCGCGGACGGCGUGGCGGGAUUUUUGAGUCGUCUCCUGGUGUCUCUGAUGGGCGACCACCUGAAGGGGUACAUUCUCUAUGUGUACGUGAUCUGUGCUGGUUUACUCAUGGUCAAUAACGUACUUGCCUCAUAUUUGACAACACUGACGGGGAUGUUCAUAUACAGUACUGUUUUGGGUCUGGGCCAGGGUCCUAUCAUAGCAGCUUGGUACGCCUCAUGUGGUGAGGUACUCAGUGGUCAGGACGUCCCAGCGCUGUUUGUUCUACUACGGUCUGGCAUGGGACUGGGGGCCGCUGUAGGACCUUUCCUGGCAGGUUUUAUUUACGAUAUAAGCGGGUCGUACAAGUCAGCGUUUUUAACCAUGGCGGCUUUGUACUUGGUCAACGCUCUCCUGACUGCGGUCAUUAUUUUCAUAAACGGUGUCCAAAAAAAAUUAGCAAAGUCAGAAUGUCGGUAUUAGAUGAGAUAUCACUGCCAACUCUCGCCGAAUGAUAUUUUUAAAUAUUUUACUCAAAAGGUUGCAUAUAAAAUAUUAAAUCGUGUACUCAAUUUAUAAUAUGAAUGAUAAAUGAAGAUGUCGUUUAGGCGACCUGACUUGUCGAAGACAUUAAGCAACACAUGAAAUGAUUAAAGAAAAAUAUAAGCCAUGGACCUGGUGGCCAUUUAACAGAUAAUGAAUUACUUUAGCUACAUAUUGAACCAAACACAUGUUUUAUUAGUUAAAACUUAACACAAAACAUUUUGUUAGACAAGUGAAGCUUUGUACUUGGUCAACGCUCUCCUGACUGCGGUCAUUAUUUUCAUAAACAGUGUCCAAAGAAAAUUAGCGAAGCCAGAAUGUCGGUAUUAGAUCAUCGCGAUUUAACUGCCAAUUCUCACCGAAUAAUAUUUUUAAAUAUUUUACUCAAAAGGUUGUAUAUAAAAUAUUAAAUCGUGUUCUCAGUGUAUAAUAUACGUGAUAAUUGGAGAUGUUACGCGGUCGUUUAGGCGAAGGUUAACGUAGUGCUAGAGAUGUGACCGGUUUUCCACUUACAGAUAUCACUUACUAACUGGUCCUUUUUGAAUUUCAUAGAUGAAAUGCUCAAGCAUUAAAUGUAAUGUAUAAAAUAAAUUAUGUCAGAGUAAAUUGGUUUGUUAUGUGUUUAGCGUUACAUGACUUUUUAUAUCCCAGAUUAAAUGCUACAGUAUAAAACGUAAUGUAUGAAGAUAAAUUACAUCAGAGUGAAGCGAGCUGAUAUUAUUCUUUGUAUGACUUGACUACUAAAUAACAUUUUUAAAAAAUUAAACGGCAUUAUCGUAAGAAAAAAGGGAAAUUUAAUUCCAUUUCUGGUUUUCAGAUUUACCUUGUCCUUGACAUAACAUGUGUGGUACGUGAACCUUGGGAACAUCAAAAGAAAUUAUUUGGUACAAGGUGGUGUGUGUCUCAUGUUAAAUUGGUAACUCACUUGGCGGUAAUGGAUAGGAAGGUGGAA